GAUGAAUAAGAUAGGAGGGUAUUCGGUUAUUACUAUAUAAGCUGUCUGAUGUCUUCAAAUAUACACUCUACUGCUAAACACACUACUACACUACUACACUACUACACUACUACGCUCUACUCUACUACCAUGGAAAAACCGACUAUUGCUUUCUUCGGAGCAACUGGUGGAUGCACCGUCUCCUGUCUGGCUCCGUCCUUGAACGCAGGAUACCAAUGCACAGCCUGUACGUCAGAUCAUCGAGAAAAAAAGAUCAAGAACUGACGAAGAAGUGGCCCGGACACCGCAGAAACUGAAGGAUCUGCUCCGUGAGCGCGGUGUCUCCGACGCAACAGUGGAAGCGUGCCUGACGAUCGUGACGGGGAGCAUCUCGGACGAGGAAGCGGUGCGCAAGACGCUCGUCUCACGAUACGGACGCCCCGUCGGCCUGAUCAUCUGCGGGAUUGGCGGCAAGAUGGUCUUUGACAACCCGCUCAAACCCACGCUGGAUAACCCGACCAUCUGCCAGGACGCGAUGCGCAUCAUCCUCGCCUCGGCGCGCGCCGUGCAAAAGGCCCAGCUGCUCGACGUCGCCGACGGCGUCAGUAACCCGAAACCACGCCUCGUCACCCUCAGCACCACGGGCAUCAGCUCCACGCGCGACCUGCCCUGUCUGAUGAAACCCAUGUAUCACUGGAUGCUCAAGGUGCCCCACGACGACAAGCACGUCAUGGAGACCCUGAUCAAGGGCGAGAUGGCCAAACCCCUCGCCGACCGCGGGAUCGACAACUUUGUCAUUGUGCGCCCCAGUCUGUUGACCGACGGCAAGGGCGAUGGCCUGCACAAGAUCAAGGCGGGCACGGCCGAGAAUCCAGCCGUCGGUUAUGUCAUUUGCAGGAACGACGUGGGCGCUUGGCUGUUUGAGAAUCUGGUCCGUGGCUUUUAUGGUGAAACGUACGUCGGCCAGAUUGUGACGAUCACGGCAUAAGAUAAGAAGAUACGAAUAUGAUAAUUUGCUCAUGUAACCAAUGACUUGCUCAUCUAACCAAUAAUUCACCCCCCUUUCAUCAAGGCAAG